GCUACGUACACACAUAUGAGUCCCCUCCUGAGCGUUGGCCGACCUUAUUGACCGAGCUGAAAACAGAUUCUCGAGAUUUCCAUUUACUAUGACAUGCGGGAACAAGGAAUGUCUGUCGAAGAUCUCAAGAUGCUGAUCCCGGGUUGCAACAGCGACGAGCUGAUAACCAAAUGCGCUUCGACGCACAUCCUGAGCGCGUCUGAUGUCGAACGGCUGGUGACCAAGCAUCUUUACGGCGGCACUGGUCGGUCACAUGGUAAACCGGCUCGUGUGAGGGAUUUCGGGACGAGAGCGCGACUCUACGUGGGCAGUCCCGAUCUCGCGGCAGGCCUGUGGAGUGAGGCAUCACGCAUCUUCGAUCGCACAGUACAAGAAGCAGUUGGAAAGACGGGAGACAUGUUGAUUCUUGGUAAGAGCUGUUUCUGCGGUGGCGAAUCCUUUCUCACCAGCGCCGUAGUAUCCGCCGCAAACGAAAUACGGGACGCACUUUGCGACCUUGCGGGAGGUUUCCUGAUUGAAGAAAACCACCCUCUGUACGACGAGUACCGCAAAGGACAAGCCAUCCGCGAAUAUCUUCAGACCAAUGUCUGGCUGCGGGAGCUUGAUUAUCAGCCGGCGGAUUGA